UCGCAUCAACAUGACGAUUCCUGACCCUGAGAAGUCCAACCACACCCUGGAGCUUACCGAGCCCGGAACAAAGGAGCUUGACGGCAUUCUGUCUGCGUAUGACGAUCAGGGCCGAGCAGAUAUCUACCAGUCCUGUCCCGACUGUCUGCUCUGCAUCUACAGCGGCGUCUUCGAGGGGACGCCGGGGAGGAUGCUGCUCUUCUACAGGAAAGAAGGGAAACACCAGGAUGCCGAUGACCUGAAGGCGGCAGCGAUCGUCCACAAGAAGAUGGCGGAGUGUUUGAAGUUUGAUGUCUCAACGUGGUUCACCUACAACGGGACGGCAGAGUUUUGUGCUGACAAGAAGAAAGAAGACAAAGAAGCCUGAGGCGAUGAUACGACUUUAUCUUUAUGUUUCCGUUUUAUCUCAUGAUAAAUUAAAAAGUAAACCUCG